CCACCGCGCAUGGGCAAUCUGAAACAUACCAUGCUGUGUUUUUCUAAGCAAAACCUAGUUUUUCAUUCAUUUACUGAGUGGAAUUUAAACAGCGAAAAAGAAACACUGGCGGCUACAGUAGGUGGCGGUGUGAGCUCUCCGGUCUGUCUUGUUACCCUUCAAGGAGCCUGAAGAAGCGGAUGGACGUCAACAGUGCUCAUGUGUGACCUGCAGUGGCUCAGUCACUUGUAGCUUUAGUGCUAUAACAGCAAGUGACUGUGCGAUCUUACUGCAGUGUCAAUGAACUAAGCAGAGAGCUUGCUGAGGCAACAUGACAACAUUACGGAGGAUUCGUUCUUGGCUGCCUCUCCUGCAGCGACCCUGCACAUACAGCUAUCAGAGAGCAGCGGCGCCUUGCAGACUCCUGCACACACGUCAACACCAUGCAGCUGCACUCAACACUUUCCAACAGCAUCUAAACAGAGCUUCUUCCACCCAGCAGUCCAGAGCAUUUGGGCUUUCUGUCUGCAGACUGAAGAGGACAGACGACCGCACCAGCAGCAGCAGCAGCAGCACUGGAUACACAGAGGAGGAGGAGGAUGAUGAUGAAGAUUUCCUGGAGGACAGUGAGGUAGAGGAGCUGUUCCAGCAGCAGAUUCCUGCAACCAUAGGAAAGGGACAGCAGAGACUGUUCAUCGUCCACCCUGAUGUGAAGUGGGGAAGCAAGAAACAGUAUCUCACCACUGCUGAGCUGAUGAUGGCUGAGGCUGUGGGGCUCGUGAACACCUUAGACAACUGGACAGUGGUGGAUAAAGUCAUCCUCUCCACCAAGACACCAGACAAGAAGAGGAUAUUUGGCAAAGGCAACUUCCAGUCUCUGACAGAGAAAAUCAGGCAAACAGCAGGAAUCACGGCUGUGUUUGUGAAUGUUGAGCGUCUGUCCCCUUUGUCUGAGAGGGAGUUUGAGGAAGCCUGGGGAGUGAAAGUCUUUGACAGAUACUCAGUUGUUCUUCACAUUUUCCGCUGCAACGCCAAAACCAAAGAGGCUAAGUUACAGAUCUCACUGGCAGAGAUCCCCUUAUUAAGAUCCCGACUGAAAAAUGAAAUGGCGAACUUGGAUCAGCAGGGUGGAGGGUCGAGGUACAUUGGUGGCUCAGGUGAGACUCUGUACGAGGUCCAGCAGAGGCUAUUAAAGGAGCGGGAGAUGAAGAUUCGCUCAGCGCUGGAAAAACUUCGGAAAAAGAGGCACCUGCUGCGAUCUCAGCGUAAACACAAGGAGUUCCCUGUCGUGUCUGUGUUAGGAUACACUAACUGUGGAAAAACGACCCUUAUCAAAGCUCUGACUGGUGACAGCGGCCUGCAGCCCAGGAACCAGCUGUUUGCUACCCUGGACGUCACCGUCCAUGCCGGCCAGCUGCCGAACCGCAUGACAGUUCUGUACGUGGACACCAUCGGUUUCUUGUCCCAGCUGCCCCACCAGCUCAUCGAAUCCUUCUCUGCCACCCUGGAGGACAUUAAACACUCUGAUCUGCUGGUUCACGUCAGAGACAUCAGUCAUCCGGAGACGGUUAAUCAGAAGGUGAACGUACUGAAUGUCCUGAAGAACCUGCAAAUCCCCGAAAGGCUGAUGAGCUCCAUGAUAGAAGUCCACAAUAAAACUGACCUUAUUGACAAUUAUCAGGCUGCAGAGCCCAGUGCACUGCCCAUAUCUGCCCUGGAGGAGCGAGGCCUGGACGAGCUGCAGCGAGCAGUGGAAGAGCAGAUUGUAAAAUCUACAGGGAAACUCAUUUUAGACCUCACAGUUAACCUCAGCACUCCUCAGCUCAGCUGGCUCUACAAAGAAGCAACCGUUCAGGACGUGCAGGUGAAUGCAGACGAAGGAUCGGCUGUCGUCAGGGUCAUCAUUAGCGCCGCCGCUCAUGGACGCUACAAGAAACAGUUUGGAGAGAGAUAAUACAGGAGGGAUCCUUCCAGCUGCAGCAGCAGCACACAAGGACUGCAAACUACUCCAUAAGAAAAGAAUUUAUUAUUGUACAGCAUAAUAAAAUAUCUAAAGAUACAAA